AAACGAUGCUUUAAAAUGUAAACGGCGGAGGCAUUUUCCUCGCGUUGUCCAGAAGGAACUUUCUCCUGCGUGAGCCUGGGUUAACCAUGAGAGAGCUCGUCAACAUUCCACUGGUACAGAUCCUUACUCUGGUUGCCUUCAGCAGGACCGAGAAACUUCCAAAAGCUCCUGUCAUCACCACUCCUCUUGAAACAGUGGAUGCCUUAGUUGAAGAGGUGGCUACUUUUAUGUGUGCAGUGGAAUCCUAUCCCCAGCCUGAGAUUUCCUGGACGAGAAAUAAAAUUCUUAUCAAGCUCUUUGACACCCGAUACAGCAUUCGGGAGAAUGGGCAGCUCCUCAGCAUCCUGAGCGUGGAGGACAGCGACGAUGGCAUUUACUGCUGCAUAGCCAACAAUGGCGUGGGAGGGGCUGCCGAGAGCUGCGGAGCUCUGCAAGUGAAGAUGAAACCUAAAAUAACUCGUCCUCCCAUAAAUGUAAAAAUCACAGAGGGAUUAAAAGCAGUUCUACCAUGUACUACAAUGGGCAACCCCAAGCCGUCAGUGUCUUGGAUCAAAGGGGACAGCCCCCUUAGGCAAACAGGGAAAAGUAAAACAGAGGCUCUUAACAUGACAAAUGCCACAGAGAGAGAAGAAAGUGAACCUGAGCAAGAUGCUAAAGUUUUUGCCAGAAUCCUGAGGGCUCCUGAAUCCCACAAUGUCACCUUUGGCUCCUUUGUGACCCUGCGCUGUACAGCAACAGGCAUCCCUGUCCCCACCAUCACCUGGAUUGAAAACGGAAAUGCUGUUUCUUCUGGGUCCAUUCAAGAGAGUGUGAAAGACCGAGUGAUUGACUCAAGACUGCAGCUAUUUGUUACCAAGCCAGGACUCUACACAUGCAUAGCUACUAAUAAGCAUGGAGAGAAAUUCAGUACUGCAAAGGCUGCAGCCACCAUCAGCAUAUCAGAAUGGAGGAAACCACAGAAAGAUAACAAAGGCUACUGUGCCCAGUACAGAGGGGAGGUGUGUCAUGCAGUCCUGGCCAGAGAUGCUCUUGUUUUUUUCAACACCUCCUACGUGGACCCUGAGGAGGCCCAAGAGCUACUGGUGCACACUGCCUGGAAUGAGCUGAGCGCGGUGAGCCCGCUCUGCCGGCCGGCUGCUGAGGCUCUGCUGUGCAGACACAUCUUCCAGGAGUGCAACCCCGGGGCAGCACCUACCCCUACCCCCCUGUGCAGAGAGUACUGCUUGGCAGUAAAGGAGCUGUUCUGUGCAAAAGAAUGGCGGGCUAUGGAAGAAAAGACCCAUCGAGGACUCUACAGACCUGGGAUGCAUCUCCUGUCCCUGCCAGAAUGCAGCAAGCUUCCCAGCAUGCACUGGGACCCCCGGGCCUGUAGCAGACUGCCAUAUUUAGAUUACAAAAAAGAAAACCUAACAACAUUCCCACCAAUGACGUCCUCGAAGCCGAGUGUGGACAUUCCAAAUUUGCCUUCCUCCUCCUCAUCUUCCUUCUCUGUCUCACCUACGUACUCCAUGACUGUAAUAAUCUCCAUCAUGUCCAGCUUUGCAAUAUUUGUGCUUCUUACCAUAACUACACUUUAUUGCUGCCGAAGAAGAAAACAGUGGAAAAAUAAGAAAAGGUACCAGAGGAUGCCACUCCUUCUGAAUCCUAAGCUGCUCAGCCUAGAGUAUCCAAGGAAUAACAUUGAAUAUGUGAGAGAUAUUGGAGAGGGAGCAUUUGGAAGGGUAUUUCAAGCAAGGGCUCCAGGCUUACUUCCCUACGAACCUUUCACUAUGGUGGCAGUAAAGAUGCUGAAAGAAGAAGCUUCGGCAGAUAUGCAAGCAGACUUUCAGAGGGAGGCGGCCCUCAUGGCAGAAUUUGACAACCCCAACAUUGUGAAACUCCUAGGCGUGUGCGCAGUCGGGAAGCCCAUGUGCCUGCUCUUCGAAUACAUGGCCUACGGGGACCUCAACGAGUUCCUGCGCAGCAUGUCGCCUCACACCGCGUGCACCGUCAGCAACGGUGACUUGUCCCCGGGGGCCCCGGCGUGCAGCCCCGGGCCCCCGGCCCUGUCCUGCGCCGAGCAGCUGGGCAUCGCCCGGCAGGUGGCCGCCGGCAUGGCAUACCUCUCGGAGCGCAAGUUCGUCCACCGGGACUUAGCCACCAGGAACUGCCUGGUGGGGGAGAACAUGGUGGUAAAAAUCGCGGACUUCGGCCUCUCCAGGAACAUGUACUCGGCGGAUUACUACAAAGCGAACGAAAACGACGCGAUCCCCAUCCGCUGGAUGCCGCCCGAGUCCAUCUUCUACAACCGCUACACCACCGAGUCGGACGUGUGGGCCUACGGCGUGGUGCUCUGGGAGAUCUUCUCCUACGGCCUGCAGCCCUACUACGGCAUGGCCCACGAGGAGGUCAUCUACUACGUGCGCGACGGCCACAUCCUCUCCUGCCCCGACAACUGCCCCCUGGAGCUGUACAACCUCAUGCGUCUGUGCUGGAGCAGGCUGCCCGCCGACCGGCCCAGCUUCGCCAGCAUCCACCGAAUCCUGGACCGCAUGUGCCAGAGGGCGGGGGGCGCCGUGAGCGUCUGA